ACUCCUCCUCUUAGGGGAAACAAACCGCCGCUGAGCAGAACAUACACGGCUGGUCUGUUACUCUCCACCUCUGUCCAGUCACAGAGCUCCUCGGUGGUCCGGCUGAAGUGGAAGUCUGGGGGCGACAAGCAGCAGCAUGGCUCAGGAAUUCGUGAAAGCGAAAAUCAAGGGAGAUAAAGUGGUGGUGUUCCUGAAGCCGACCUGUCCGUACUGCGUGCAGGCCAAAGACGUGCUGUCCAAGUACAAGUUCAAAGAAGGACAUCUGGAGUUCAUCGAUAUCAGUGGACGGGACGACAUGGGCAGCAUACAGGACUACCUGCAGCAGAUAACCGGAGCUCGAACUGUGCCCCGCGUGUUUAUAGGUGAGGAGUGUAUCGGAGGGGGCAGUGACGUCUCAGCACUGGACAGAAGCGCCAAGCUGGCAGGAAUGCUGCAGAAAAUAGGAGCCCUGCAGUGACGUCACGGUAGCAUGCUGCGUGAGGGAGGUCACAUGAUGCUGCAGCGGGAUUUGCGCAGCUGUCUCCGCCGUUGCUGGUAUUCGCUGAGCUCCUGCAGGUAUCCUCUAGAGGGCCAUCGCAGACGCUCCACCUGCUCACGCUCCUCCUCUGUCCAACAACAGCACUGUGACUACAUAGAAACCACAGCAACACACCUCCCCCUCACACCCAUAUGACCACUGCAAUUCACUCUAUGCUUUAUGCUCUUCAUGAAUAUUAAUCACUUGAACCCGUCUAGAUUACUUAAAGUGAUGUUUUGUGUCCAAAGUUCGUAUCUUUAGCUUGGCACUGGAGCUACGGGACUGAUGUAGAUGUUAGCAAUGUGAAAACUGCACAUCUAAAUCAUCAGACAUUUGCCUACGAUGGCCUUGUUUUUGUGACUAAACUGACACAAAGUCAUAAAGUUUAUAUGUUUUGUUGAUUUUCUAAUUGAAAAAGAGUUAACACAGCCCCCUACAGAACAAACUUCCUGCAAAGUUUGGUGUGGAUUUCUAUUUAUUCGCUGAGUUUAACAUAUUGGAAAACAUUUUAUGUUUUAUUAUUUUCCCCAAUUCAGCAAAUAAACAGUAAUUAUGCAUUAAAAUGUGCAGAAGUGUGUUCUCUGUAUAGGACAAACUUGUAAUUUGACCAGGGGUGCCCAAACUUUGCAUACGACUGUAUACAACACUACUUAAGAAAUAAUUUAUGAUGACUGAACUACUCUACAGAGUUUGAGACAAGUCUGAAUUGGUUUCAUUCAUGCUGUAUGCAUGAUGCUAACUGGCUAAUUGGUAUGUGUUACUUGUUAGCUACAUUAGCCUUGUAGCUUGUACACAAAACUAAAGAAGCAAACUUCAGGCACCAAACAUGUCUUGACCGAUCGACUGAAUUCUAUCAACUGAAAAUGAUUUUUAAAUGAAGUAUCGCUUUAAAGGUAAAACUGUCUUGAAUGUUUACCACUUGCAUGUGUCUAUUACAUUUCUAUAGCAAGGUCAGAUCCGUCCUUCCCACUAUAUAAAGGGCCUCGUCAGUUAAACUUUGCAGUUUGAAAUAAACUUGAAUCAGAAGAUAA